CGUGACUCCAAAGCUUAAUCUCUCUCUCUCUAAUUAUUCUAUUAAACACACCAAACUGCUCUCACCUUCACCUCAAUCACACAAAUCUUUUCAUUAUGAAUAAUACCAUCAAUACCAACUCCCAUUCAUCUUCCUCUUCCCUUCACCAGAUUCGCAUACAAAAGCCCCCAAUUUCAACAACCAACUCAAUCGCCAUUGAUGAAUCACUUCAAACUUCCAUUCAAAAUCUUCUCAAGAAUUGGCGAAGGAGGCAACAAUGGAAGAAGCUCUUCUUCAUCACCCAAUCCAACCAGCUAAACCCGGCCCCAUGGCGAAAGAAGCUGACCGAUUUCCUCGAAUCCAAAAAGAUUAGAUAUAUCUCCAUUUUUCUUAUCCUCGUCGACUUAAUUCUCACCACUCUCGAGCUCUCCUCGUCUCUGAUUUCUUGCGAUGAAAACAAGCACAAUAAUAAAAAUGUUAAUAACCACAAUCACUCAGAGGCUGAACGAUUGGGACCAACGAAGUGGUACCACUGGGUUGGGAUUGCGAUCCUCGGCCUACUAUUCUCGAAGACAGUGGCUAUGGCCGUCGGGCUCCGCAGCGCGAUUUUAAGGCGUCCCGGGUAUGUGGUGGACGGCGUCGUUUUAGCAGUGGCGCUUGUUUUGGAGAUUUUUCUUGAGGGGAAAGGAGGAGGGUUUCUGGUUGUGGUGAGCUUGUGGCGCGUGGUGAGAGUGGUGGAGAGCGCGUUUGAGUUGAGUGAUGACGCCAUUGAAGCGCAGAUCAAAAGCAUCGUUGCCCAGUUUGAGUCGUUGAGAGAAGAGAACGUGAGACUUUUGGAGGUGAAUGAGGAAAAGGAUAAGAUGAUUGAGAAGCUUGUUGAAGAUUUGGAACGGUGUCGAAAACCGCUAGAGAUGGAUCAUAUAUCAGCUAAUACUUUUAUUGAUAACUGAAUUCAUAGAAAUCAAAUGUUCAGAUGAUUUGGUACAUAAGAUAAGACAAAUUAUAAGUAUAUAAGAAAAAAUAAAAUGAAAAAAAAACAGAAACUUGAUCGAGUGUUGCGGUGUGAAAUCAAAUACAUGUUAUAUGUACAUGUAAUUUUUCUUUGAAAAGCUACACACAAUUUAUAACCAUAAGUUAAGUACAAUGAUUUAUUUUCUAUAAAAUAAAAAAAAAGAAUCACCAGUAUCUAGAUGAGAACAAAUACGUUCAUACGACUUUUGAUUAAAAUGUUAAUAUUUAAAAAAAAAAAAAAAAAAAAAAAUCAUUUUCA